GCAUCACCGGAGGAUGCCUGGGUGUCAGCUUGCCUUCAGGUGCUCAGCUAGACUUCAUCAAGCACAUGUGGAGAGCUCUGUAUUAGGUUAAUGUGCUAACAUUAACACUGGUGAGCAAAGUAUGAUCCUCGUGCUCAAAACGCUGAGAAUCCAGAUAUAGAACGGUUACCACUCAAAGAAGAAUAUGGCUAUUCUUGGGCCUUUGCUGGCUAGUUUCCUUUCUGGUGGGGCUGACCCCCAUGUUUGGCUGGAAUAGAAAAGCAACCUUAGCGAGCUCUCAAAAUAGCAGCACUCUUUUGUGCCACUUCCGUUCCGUGGUCAGUUUGGAUUACAUGGUCUUCUUCAGCUUCGUCACCUGGAUCCUCGUCCCCCUGGUUGUCAUGUGUGUCAUCUACCUAGACAUCUUCUACAUCAUCCGAAAUAAGCUCAGUCAAAACCUGUCUGGCUUCAGAGAGACGCGUGCAUUUUAUGGACGGGAGUUCAAGACAGCUAAGUCCCUGUUUCUGGUUCUCUUCUUGUUUGCGCUGUGCUGGCUGCCUUUGUCCAUCAUCAAUUUUGUUUCCUAUUUUGAUGUAAAGAUACCAGAUGUCGCAAUGUGCCUGGGGAUCCUGUUGUCCCACGCGAACUCCAUGAUGAACCCUAUUGUCUACGCCUGCAAAAUAAAAAAGUUCAAAGAGACCUACUUUCUGAUCCUCAGAGCUCUCAGGCUCUGUCAGACCUCAGAUUCUUUGGACUCAAACAUGGAACAGACUACUGAGUAAUUACCUUGACAGAUACAGAGCCAGCUCGUCUGCCUUCGCAUGUGGUAUCAGUAAACACUAUAAGGACUUAUCAGACAUUCUUGCUUCCUUCACUGCAUUGGGAUCAUCGGGCUGGUUGCCACAGAGUUCCACUCCUUCCCCCCAACGCCCCCCCCCACUCCUCCCUCCUUCUGCUUCAGUUAUUUUCUUGAGCUUCUCUAAUUCAAUUCUGUGGAAGCCUGACGUGAAGGCAAUGCAUCCCUGAUUACCACGGACUCUGCCCUUCCUUCCCAGACAAAGAAGUAAUGGAAUGUGGAGGGAGUCUCGUCUUAUCAAAGGAAAACUCUAGUGGGGCUGGACGUACAGAACCUGCUCCGAAGGAUCCCUGGAAUGUGGGGAACAGAAGGAGCGAAUUGAAUUUAAAAAGAGGGCUAAAUCCACCUGUGUGGGUGCAUUUGAGCAAAUAAAAGAUGAUGCCCAACUGAUGUGUAGCUCUUUGCUAGGAUUGCUUGGGGGUUGCAGGCACAGUUGACUGCUCUUGGCAUUCCUUCUGCUUGCUUCUGGGACACAAUCACUUCUGUUCCAAGGGGCAGCUUCACCAUUGCAGAUGGCUGUCCUCUGGGGGUCGGGGGCAGGAUGUCUGUUAUGCAAGGUUCUGAUGUUCUUGAAAUCCUAGGCAACUUCAGCUUCAGGACAACUGGAGAUUUGUUUGUUGUUGUUUGUUUGGAGACAGGGUUUCUCUGUGUAGCCCUGGCUGUCCUGGAACUUGCUGUGUAGACCAGGCUGACCUCAAAUUCAGAGAUCUGCCUGCCUCUGCCUCCUAAGUACUGGGAUUAAGGGUAGGCAGCACCACCAUCUGGCUACAGCUGGAGAUCUUUAGGAGUGCUUUGUAAGUCUGGAACAGGACAUUUGAGAACACUGACACUAAGACACACACAUUUGUGGCUUCAGCCAGGAUGGAGGAAUGAAAUAAGUUAGGUAUCACAAGAUUUUAUACAGAUACUCUGUAUUUGUUACUUUUCAGUUGCUAUUAAAAAAAUAUUUCAUGACCAAG